AUGGCGCAGCUAUAUACGUCCCAAAGGUCAGCUAUUAUCUAUGCUCAUAAGAAUGGCGCUACGCAAGUGCAAUUAGCUAAUGACUUUGGCUACUCUCGGCGUACAAUCUACAAUACGCUAAAACGCUAUUCAGAAGGCGAAAAGCUAGAGAAUCGCGAAAAAAGCGGCCGUCCCGCUAUUAUUAACCUAUAA